GCGAUCGUCAUCGAGAUGGAGUGUAGUACCUCGUGCGAGAAGCCAGCCUUUGUCACGUCCAGCGGGGAGGUGUCAGACCGUCUACACAAAUGUCUACGGCCACUGGCGGGGGAUGUCACGGACAGUGCAGUGAACCUAGGCAUCGACGACACAGUUGACCGCCCCCGCCGCAUAGGAUGUCGCAGUAAGAAAUUCAAGUUGCGGGUGGAGUACCUGAAGCUGACGACCAGGAAGUUGGUCCGCAUGUCUUGCAGCCUGGGAAGAUAUAGAAAGCGCAUUUGGGUUUCUGGAGCUCUCCCAGGGGUCUUGUACGGGGCUGGGGUUCACGGGAUCUCGGACUUUGAGUUGGGCAAGAUCAG